GCGGGGCCAAAAGCGGCGGCACUUCCGGGAGCGGCGCGGGGCGGAGGGGGAACAUGAGCUGGAUCCCGUUCAAGAUCGGGCAGCCCAAGAAACAGAUUGUACCCAAGACAGUGGAGAGAGACUUUGAAAGGGAAUAUGGGAAGCUGCAGCAAUUGGAAGAUCAGACCAAAAAACUUCAGAAGGAUAUGAAGAAAAGCACAGAUGCAGAUUUGGCCAUGUCCAAGUCUGCUGUGAAGAUUUCCUCGGACCUGCUGUCCAACCCCCUAUGUGAGCAGGAGCCCUCGUUCCUCGAGAUGGUCACGGCCUUUGGCUGGAAAAUGCUGGGAGGAUCAUGGAGUCAUGGAAUGGUGAAUCAGAUCCAAAAGACAGUCAUAGAGCCUUUGAAAAAGUUCAGCAGUGUCUUCCCGAGCCUGAACAUGGCUGUGAAGCGCCGGGAGCAGACGCUCCAGGACUACAAACGCCUGCAAUCCAAGGUGGAAAAAUACGAGGAAAAGGAGAGAACUGGCCCCGUCCUGGCCAAGCUGCACCAGGCCCGCGAGGAGCUGCGCCCAGUGAAGGAGGACUUUGAAGCCAAGAACAAGCAGCUCCUGGAGGAGAUGCCCAAAUUCUACAGCAGCCGCAUCGAUUACUUCAAACCCAGCUUCGAGUCACUGGUCCGGGCACAGGUGAGACAUUGUCCCUUCCUGGUACCGGUGUCGUGUCCUGUCCCGCAGUUCCAUGUGCUUUAUCCACUGGAAUUCCGUGGUGUUAUCCACCUGGGAAUGCCAUUUUGAUUUGGAGUCCUGAGCUCGGGGCUUGAUUGGGUUUGAGGAGUUUGGGCUCAUCUGAAGGUGGCUCCUGGGACAUCUCCACACCAAAGAUUUGCAGGAAGAGGUGCCCUGAAUCACCAACAGCUUUCAGUUCCAUCCUCCAGCUUCCUUCAGGAACAUGCUGCCGCUCCUCCUCCUCCUCCCUUCUCCCUUUGCCCUUUCCCUUAGGCUGCAGAGGGGCAGGGUUGGGAUCUUCCCAAGCUUUGAGAACCUCUGGCACCCCAUGCUGCUGCUCCCGGGGCGGUCCAGCACGGGCAGGAGGGCAGAUCUGGGCGCUGCCCGCACCGUGGGCAUUUUCCUGCGGCGUUUUGGGGCCGGGAGGCGCC